GACUAGUAGGCUUCAAAGGGAGGAUGUGAAGUAGACCGUGGCGUCACUCGAUAUCAAGUUGAUUCUUUGUACUGCUCCAUCUGAGUAGACAGUUUUAUGAGAGAAGACUCCAGUAAGACUAGAACAGGAUGUGGGCCGUGCACAACCCCUCUGGCGGCGCGUCACCGGGGCGCGGCAUCUCCACAGGACGGACGUCUGAAGCGUGGCAUACCGCAAGCCGGACGACAGCUCCUUGUCUGGUACCUUGUCGCUUCUCACCAUCCGAUCAUGUCGCAAUCACUCCGACCAUACCUGCAAUGUGUGCGGUCGUCGUUGACGGCAGCCAUGUCGCUGUCCAACUUCGCAUCGCAAGCAUCCGAACGCCAUAACGUCCCCGAGAUUGAAGCCCAAACCUCGCCCGAAGUCCUGUUAAACCCAUUGACUGUAUCACGCAACGAGAACGAGCGCGUCUUCAUCGAACCCAGCGUCAACAGUAUCCGCGUGAGCAUCAGAAUCAAGCAGGCAGACGAGAUCGAACACAUCCUGGUCCACAAGUUCACCCGCUUCCUGACACAACGUGCCGAGUCAUUCUUCAUCCUGAGAAGGAAGCCCGUCAAGGGAUACGACAUCUCCUUCCUCAUCACAAACUUCCAUACCGAGGAGAUGCUCAAGCACAAGCUGGUUGACUUUAUCAUUCAAUUCAUGGAAGAAGUCGACAAGGAGAUCUCGGAGAUGAAGCUCUUCUUGAACGCCAGAGCAAGAUUCGUCGCCGAAUCGUUCUUGACUCCUUUCGAUUGAUUCAUAUGCACGACGCUUUGUGCUGCCCUAAGGCCUUUGUACCAGGUCUUGACGCCGCAUUACAUAGAAGAUUCCCAAAGAUACCAAUCCGACCAGAAACGAUUACGACCAAACUCUCCUCUUGGAUGGACGCUGAGCUCUUGACCCCCCAAAAGGACGAUCACCCCUGUCUCAUGCCCGAUCUGAGACUGCCACUU